AGGUCAGUCUUAAAUGAAGCUCGUGAUUGUAAAUAACAAGUUCACGAUUGUAUAUUCGGCGCAAAAAUAUAGGUAUUACUUGUAGAGUGCGUUGAACAUUUACCAUGUGUUUUAAAUAUUGUUUACCUUUAUUCUUUUGUUUGGGAAAUGUACUUGGAGCAUCACCUGAUUGGCCAAAGAGUUGUCCCGAUAUUGUCACUCGCGAGCGAUGGGGAGCAAGAACUGCUGCAGCAGUGGAUUAUGCACUUAUUCCUAUAAAGUUCGCUGUAAUUCAUCAUACUGUUACUCCUGAGUGUUCUAAUGAAGAUAGCUGUUCGCAAAUUUUGAAGAGUAUCCAGAAUUUCCACAUGGAUACACUGGAAUUUCAGGAUAUAGGCUACAAUUUCCUAGUCGGCGGUGAUGGGAGAAUUUAUGAAGGUGCCAGUUGGCAUAAAGUAGGUGCCCAUACAAGAGGUUACAAUAGCAGAUCUUUAGGACUUGCCUUCAUUGGGAAUUUUUCAGAUAAGCUACCCAAUCCUACCCAGCUCAAAGCUGCCAAAGACUUUUUGCAGUGUGCAGUGGAACUAGGUGAAUUAGAUAGAAAUUAUCAAAUGUUUGGGGCUCGUCAAGUGAGUGCCACGGAAAGUCCAGGAGCAAAAUUAUUCAGUGAAUUAAGGAAGUGGCCAAAUUUCUCCAGAUCGCCUUAAUUAUAGGAUGUCUCCUAAUUUGACUGUCAAGCUUCUAUAGAGCCGUAGAUCAAAAUUUCAAAUUGUUAACCCCUAGUUCAAAUGAACUAGGGGUCAACUUCGACUCCUUAUUUUGAUAUAGAAUAUUAUGAAGAUAUAGUAGCUUAAAAAUGACAUCUUGAUAUAUAGUAGCUUAAAAAUGAUAUAUAAUAGCUUUAAAAUGAUAUGUAGUAGCUUAAAAAUGAUCUCUUGAUAUAUAGUAGCUUAAAAAUGA